ACUUUAUAUUUAUUUAACAUUUUUAUUUUUAAUUUUCUUAUUAUUUAUUUAUUAUUAUAGUAAUUAUUACAGUAUUAUUUACGAUGUCGGAAUCUGGAGAUGACUCGUCGGCGUCUACCAUCGCCUCACCACAAUGUUCGCUACACUCCUCGAUAAAUUCCUCACAAGCUUCUUCAACAGCGUCAUCACAAGCUUCCUCACCACCAUCAUCACCGACCGUAGUGUUGUCUAAAUCGCCGAUCAAAAAGGACUUAACCGUCAAGAGGCCUACACUGGCCCAUCCGUCGACUGCUGUCAUGGUGACCACGGCCAUUAAAUCGUUGAAGGAUAAAAAGGGGUCUACUUUGCCCUCGAUUAAGAAAUAUAUGGCCAUCAACUAUCAAGUGGAUUCGGCCAAGUUUGCCCCAUACAUCCGCAGGUAUUUGAAGUCAGCCAUCACCAAGGGUGAGUUGAUUCAGACAAACGGUACCGGUGCCAACGGCAACUUUAAACUGCCAGCUGCCGAGAAAAAACCCGUUAAAAAAGAAAAAAAACCCGUCGCUAAGAAGCAAGCGGGUGUUCUCGUCAAGAAGAAACCGGAAGCGAAAAAACCGAUCGCCAAGAAGACACCCACGGCGACAUCAGGAAAGCGGAGGUCUAUCGAGGGGGUGACGACGACGACGUCCACCACUACGGCUGUUUCAAAAGCUAAGAAACCAAAGAAAGUUCCAACGGACGUUGUCAAACCGAAAGCCAAGAAGACAGUUGAGGUGGCCGCCAAGGCUUCUCCGGCCAAACCAAAAAUAUCGAAACCUGUCGCCAAGAAAGCUUCGACGAAAAAAGUAGCGCCCAAAAAAAAGUAAAAUAGGUAUAAUAUUAUUGUAAGAGUUAAAGCAAUUUAAUUUAAAAAAAGGUCCUUAUUAGGACCACCAA